AUGAGUCAUGGAGAGGCAGAGAGAUGUACGUAUGGGGAGAUGAUUAUAGGAUCAAGCUCUGAGUAUGUGCAGAGCAUUAUUACUCGUUACUUCUCUGAUCCUCGAUACUAUUUCCAAGUGAAUGAUCAGUAUGUUAGGAACAAACUCAAGGGACAUUGGGCUAGAAUCUCUGAACCAGUUGGGGGUAGGCUCUCAUACAAGCCUCCCAUCUAUGAUAUCAAUGCGCCAGACUUGUACAUUCCCUUUAUGGCAUUUGGUACGUACGUUGUUCUUGCUGGUCUUUCAUUGGGACUUAAUGGAAAGUCUUCUUAUUGGUACUUUGUAGCAGAAGUUUGA